AUGAGUGACUUGGAAAAGGGCAAAUCUGAAAAGGGUAAGAAAUCUGCGGCUGCCCCCCCUGCCAAGAAAGAUGCCAAACCGGAUAACAGCUGGUCUAAGAUACCUCUGGCGAUAGCGAUUUUUUUGAUGGUGGUUCUUAUCAUUCGUAAGUUGAUGACUGACUCAGACCAUGUGGAAGCUUUGACUCAGUUGUCAAGAUAUUUGAGUAAAACUGAUCCGAGAUCUCGUAAUCUUUAG